AUGAUAUGUGCUAAACUGAACAUGAAAUUUUUAAAAGUUAGCAGAGUACUAGAUGUUAGAUGGGUGACCAGCAACUACACAGCAAUUCAAGGAAUUCAGAAAACAUUUAGUGUUUUAUCAAACCAAUUAUAUAAUGCUUCUAAAGACUUAAUAAAUGAUAAGAACACAAUCCAAGUAUAUAGAGAUUUAUAUAAAAAAUUAGCAAGUUUAUAA